AUGCUUUCUCCCUGGCAGGCGGGGGCCCGCCAUGCCCUCCGCUCCUUCUCCACCUCUGCGUCCGCACGCGCCGGCAUCGUCUCCAACAUCGGCAAGCAGCCCAUCACCAUCCCCCCCUCCGUCACCCUCUCUUCCUCCCCGUCCGAGGUGCUCGUCAGGGGCCCGCUCGGCGAGACGUCCGUGCCCCUCAUGCCCUUCCUCAAGCUCGCCGACUCCCAGCCAAACACGCUCUCUGUCUCGGUCGAGAACCCGAAGGAGCGCAAGCAGCGCUCCAUGUGGGGCCUCACGCGCACGCUCAUCCAGAACGCCAUCAUCGGCAUGACCGAGGGCUUCACCACGCCCGUCUACCUCGUCGGCGUCGGCUACCGUGCGGCGCUGGAGCCGGACCCGCGGGGCGCAGGCGAGGGUCGCAGCGGGCAGCGGCUGAACAUGAAGCUCGGGUUCUCGCACUCGGUGUUCGUGUCGAUCCCGGACCACAUCAAAGCCGAGGUCCCGCUGCCCACGAAAAUUGUGCUGAGCUGCACGGACAAGCACAAGCUCGGCCUGUUCGCGGCGCAGAUCAGGGCGUGGAGGCCGCCAGAGCCGUACAAGGGCAAGGGUAUCAUUGUGGGGAACGAGCGGAUCAGGAUGAAGACCGUGAAGAAGAAGUAGACGUGGGCGUGGUCGCGCUCUGCUUUGGUUAUGUUACUCGAUUCCGUAAUGUGCAUGCUAUGAUUCUCACCUCGCGGUGCCAGUCGUCUGCCCGUGUCAUCCAAUCUCAGAAAACUGCGUUCGUUC